AUGAAUAUUCUUAAUGGAAUCUGCAUAAAAAUCGAACGAGAUUUUUGUCAAAUCGGUUUUGGUCCUUUCUUUUAUUCGACUUGGGUCGGAUAUAUUAAUUCGUGCCUCAAUCCUAUUAUUUAUACGAUUUUUAACAGCGAAUUUCGUCGAGCUUUCAAAACAAUCAUACUCGGUAAAAAGAAGAUCGGAUUGAAGCGUGGAUCAAGGCCAGCAACUAUCUUUAAAUGA